CGGAGUUAAGAGUCAGCUCUUGAAUCUGAUUGGACGAUAGCUUUGUAGCGUUUUAAAAUCGUAGCACUUGAACUGGCUGUCAAAACACCGGACACGAAGAGAGCGAAGAAGUACCCAGUCUUCUCUCGAAGGCGUCUGAAGACAUGAGAAAGACCGAGUUUGACUCUUCCUCUGAUGAAGAUGUGGAAGAAGAGCAGCUGACUCCGCUCCACAUGAGCUGGUUACCUCUGUCCAUAGUUGAGUGCUCACAGUACCUUGGAAUAUGUGCACUGCCAGGUUGCAAGUAUAAAGAUGUUCGCAGGUCCCUGCAAAGAGAUGUUGAUGAGCUGAAGAACCAGGGGGUGCAGGAUGUGUUUGUCUUGUGCACUAGAGGGGAACUGAGCAGGUACAGGGUCCCGUCGCUCCUGGAGGUCUACGAGCAACGCGGCUUCACGGUGCACCACGCGCCGUUCCCCGACGGAGACGUUCCCGAGCUGGAGCAGUGCUGCCAGAUCCUGGACGAGCUGCAGGUCUGCCUCGAGAGGAACAGGAGAACGAUGGUCCACUGCUACGGAGGCCUGGGGCGAUCCGCUUUAAUCGCCGCCUGCCUGUUGCUCCAGCUCUCGGUGACGAUGACGGCCAGCGAAGCCAUCGAGAUCCUCAGAGAGCACAGAGGAGGAGGAGCAAUACAAACGGUGAAGCAAUACAAUUUUCUUCACGAGUUUCGGGAGAAGUAUGCCGCCUACAAAGAGAACAGAGAGGCUUCCACAGAGAGAUCGGUGUCUCGGUGAUUCUGGAGAAAAUAAUCUGUAAACAUCUGCAUUCAGUGAUUUUUAACUCUCCAAGAGCUGCACUUUAAGAGUAGUACAUCACUUCUUUGAGCUUUUAAAUAAACCAAAAGGUUCAGGUAACAACACAACUCGGCUUAAAAUCUUUAAAAAUACACAAGCCUGUGUUUAAGCUUUAAAAAAAAAAGUAGAUGCGUACAUUUUCUGUACCAAAAUAUAUAUAUAUAUAAAAAAAGCCUUUUCAUGUCUGUUAAAGUGACACUACUUAAUCCACCGCACAAGAAAAAAUAAAUAAAAUUUACAUUGCAGAAAA